AUGUACUUGGUGGAGUCGAGGUCCGACUUUCAUUUGCUCGUCUCCUACUCGGCGUUUCUUGAGACUCCCAGCUUCCUGCAUUCACAUCGUCCCGAUGCGUCAGCUCAUCGCGUCCAAGAACGGGUUUUAGCGAUGGCGAUGGAGCUCGACGAUUCGUCGCCAUUGCUGCUUCUUUGCGCGCACGGUGGUGCCUCUCACUUCUGGUCUCUCUUCCAUCUGGCAAAGCGCCUCCUUUGCCACGGAUUUCUCAUCACCGUGGUCACUCCCUCGCCAGAGCUUCACGCCGGUGUUAGCGAUCAAGGCCGGCUGCGAUUCGAGUCCCUGACAGCGCAGCGGGGUGCCGACAUCUUGAAAUCCCCACAGCGCAUCCUCGAUCUCAGUCGCAGCUUCUCCGAUCUGGUUUCGCGAUUGGGCGCGAAAUCUGGGGCGAUCAGGUGCGUGGUUGCCGACUACUUCGCAGGAUACGUGUACGAUGCCGUGGAUUUCUUCGAUCUUCCGCUAGUCCUCUACUUUCCGGCGUUGGCCACUUCCGUGGCAUUCAACCUCCAGCUCCCGGUUCUUCUCGCGAGGAGGAACAAGAUCAUCCGGCAAGCUGUAGAGGAUCCGCUCACGCUGAAAUAUCGAAUGGCUUCUUUGGCAAGAAUUCCCCUCACUGAGGACGAGCUGGACGAAUGCCUGCCGAAGCUCAACGCUCUCGGAGUGGCUCUCUCUCGCGAGCAACUCCAUCACUACAUGAGGGACGCAAGUGUGCAGCUUGCCGCCAAGAAGUGCGAGCGUCUUUUUUACGCGCGGCCCGCUAAACAACUGACAAGUACAGGCGCAACUUGGAUCAUCCCAUAG